UGAGUGUGCGGUGGGUUUGGAAGGCGUUUGUAUGCGAUAUGGAGUGCAUUGCAGUCGAGUGUAGAGAGUGUUAGCGAUUGCUCUCUGUUUGCAGUGUUUGUAGAGUUGUCUCAAUGUCUCUGACGUGGAGAACAACUGAUUCGCUAUAAUUAUCGGACCAUUGAUUACAAGACACACUCACAGACAUUGACAACACGUUUACCACAAUCUCAUCCAUUAGAUUAUGACCAAUAAAAGCCAUCGACGGCUCGUCUGUCUCCUCAUCGUAUGUCUCAUACCGGAGACCAUCAGUGAUGAACACUCGCACACCUACGAAGACAACGAAGAGGUGGUGCUGUGGAUGAAUACAGUCGGGCCCUAUCAUAAUCGACAGGAGACUUACAGCUACUUCUCAUUGCCUUUCUGUUGGGGCACUAAGAAAGCUAUAUCCCAUUAUCACGAGACUCUCGGAGAG